AAGAAGUUGGGAGAAAAUUAGAAUCUAAAGUAAGAAGUUGGGAGUACUAAAUUAAUUCCGAAAUCAUUUUGCCACAAGAGCUGCCACCACUCAAAAGGGGGAAGAUAUGUUUUUUUUUUUUAAAAAAAAAAUGAAAAUUAACCCAAAUAAAGAAAGAAAUUUAGAGAGAGAGAGAGAGAGAGAGAGGGAGAGGAAAAUGGAAAAAGAAAGAGAAAUGGAGUGCUGGGCCACUGCGCCUUAACUAUAGGACUAGACAUUGCGUUCUGGCCCUUGGCGGGACGUUUGUCUGAGAUAGAGAUAGUGGGGAGGACUAGACAUUCCGAGAAUGAACACAAGCAGUUUGGUUGCAGAAGCAGCGUGGAAGGAAAUUGAGUCAAGGGGUUCAGAUGUUUAUACAUGUGAUUGUGAAUCUGGGCAGUCACGGAUGAUCAGCUCUCAACGUGAACUGCAUUUUUUGUUCGGCAAGAAUCUGGAGAAAGCGACGAGGAUAGUCGAUCAGAGAGGAGUCAAGAGAAUCUCUGGUGAACCCAGCGGCCGCUCUAUUUUUCAGGUUCUGGGAGAAUCGCGGAGGAAAGAAGAAUACUUGUGCUUCCCGGAACACUAUUGUGCUUGUUAUUCAUUCUUCUAUGACGUUGUUAACAGGGGAGAACAGCUUUGUUGUAAGCAUCAGUUAGCUGCAAGACUAGCUGCUUCCCUCGGAGCAUGCAUUGACGUUAAAAUUCCUGAUGAGGAGCUGGCUCUACUCCUCUCUAAACUCUGAACCUCUCUUUUGAAGCACAACCUUUUGUGAUUUCAACCCCGGAAGGAAGAGAUUGAAUCAAAUUUUAAUCUUUAGCAUGCGGUGAUCUUGUUUGAGAAAGUCUCCCUUUCCAUCUAUGCUGCUUUGUAUAUAUGUACAAGUGUUUGUCCACACGCUUAACAAAGCUAUUUCCUGGGUAAGGUCAAUAGUUGUGGUGGCUUUCCAAAUUAUUGAACCCCCACUACUAUUGAUGUUGAUGCACUCUAGAAUAUUUGGACAGCUUGUCCGUUGCAAGAGGCAAUCAAAUUGGUUGUCACUGCACUGCUGAGUAUGGCAUUUGCGUAGAUAUGGGGUGUUACUCUCCAAUGCAAGAGGAAUCUUCUGCAUUAGGAUCAUUCGUUCAGGAUGUUAUCCUGCUUGAGAACACACAGGGUAAUGGGAGUGAAAGUUACAUCCAUGGCCUUCUUUCCCUUCGUACAUUGCAUAUCAUCAUCAGUGUAAGAUUUGGGGGUUCAAAGUGCCAUUCUAGUUCUGCUGUCUUCUCCUACUCUUUGUUUAACUUUAUACCAGACUUGGAUAUUUUAGCCUCUGUUCUGCUUCUAGCA